AUGCGUAGAUAUGCAGAUCGUAUAUUAUCAGGUGGAGAGGAACUGUUCGAUAUGAAGAAGAAAUUUGAGAGAGAUUUGGAGGUUGGAGCUGUUGGGGAUUUUCAAACAACCGAGGAUCAACUCAUAGAAUUUAUCAAGAUAAGAAAGGGAGAGAAAAAAAAGGCCCUAGAUCUUUUUGCAACAAUAGCAGAUCAUAUUGUGGCUUCAGAAGGCAGUCCCUAA